GCUCGGCGAUGGCGAGGCGGGCGGCAGGGGGCACCGGGCCCCCCGGGGACGAUUUCUCCUUCGUAAGCCCGGCGGUGAAGUACGUGCUGUUCUUCUUCAACAUGCUCUUCUGGAUGAUCUCAAUGGUGAUGGUGGCGGUGGGGGUCUACGCCCGGCUGCUGAAACACGCAGAGGCAGCGAUGGCAUGCCUGGCAGUGGACCCCGCCAUCCUGCUCAUUGUGGUGGGCAUCCUCACCUUCCUCAUCACCUUCUGUGGCUGCGUCGGCUCCUUGAGGGAGAACAUCUGCCUGCUGCAGGCGUUCUCCAUCUGCCUGACCAUCGUCUUCCUCCUGCAGCUGGCAGCUGGUGUGUUGGGCUUUGUCUUCUCUGAUAAGGCACGUGGCAAGGUUAGCGAGAUCAUCAACGGUGCCAUUGUGCAUUACCGGGAUGACCUGGACCUGCAGAACCUCAUCGACUUUGGGCAGAAGGAGUUCAGUUGCUGUGGGGGUGUCUCCUACAAGGACUGGUCCCAGAACAUGUACUUCAACUGCACUGUCACCAACCCCAGCCGGGAGCGCUGCUCUGUCCCCUUCUCCUGCUGCCUGCGGGACACCAAUGAGGUUGUCAUCAACACCAUGUGUGGACAGGGGAUGCAGACCAUGAGCUACCUGGAGGCCAGUGCCUUCAUCUACACCAAUGGCUGCAUCGACAAGCUGGUCAACUGGAUCCACAGCAACCUCUUCCUGCUGGGGGGCAUCGCCCUGGGUCUGGCAGUCCCCCAGCUGGUGGGCAUCCUGCUGGCUCAGAUCCUCAUCAACCAGAUCAGGGACCAGAUCAAGCUCCAGCUCUACAACCAGCAGCACCGGGCAGACCCCUGGUACUGAGUCCUGGGCACAUCUUGGUGGAGCCAUGUCCACCCCUGUGCCAAGCCCAGGCCUCCAAGGGGAUUUUCCAAACCUGGAUCCAUAGGAAGAGACAAUGGAGCUUUACCAGAGGAGUCUGUGGGGGACUGUGGACAUGUGGAUCCAUGUGUGGUGGCCACUGUGCUGCAGAGUGAUGUGACAGAACACUGGGGACUCUGUGUGCCAGGUUUGCUGGGACUGUGCCCUGUCUGGGGACUGAACCAGCCCUGGUGAACUGCUGUCUGUCUGUCCUGUCCUGGGUGGCUGCCAGCAGGUCACACGCAAAGCAGGUUUGCACUUCCUAUCUCUCAUGCUGGAGAUGAAUGUCUGUCUG